AUCUCUUUGGCACUAUUUCUAGCCCUGAAUUGGGAGUAUAUCAAAUCAGGAUUGGAUCUAUUAUCUUCCAGGUUGCUUCUGGCGACAUCACUAAAGAAGAGUCUGAUGUUAUUGUAAACUCAACAGACAAGACAUUUGUCCUCAAAAAAGGGGUUUCCAAAUCCAUUUUAGAAGCUGCUGGAUCAGCUGUGGAAUCAGAGUGUGCCACAUUAGCUGUGAAUCAUCACAGAAAUUUUAUAGUAACACAAGGUGGAAAUCUAAGGUGCAAGAAAAUAAUUCAUGUUAUUGGAGGAAAUGAUGUCAAGCAAACCAUCUCUGAAGUCCUGCAGGAAUGUGAACAGAUGAAAUAUGUGUCCAUUUCCCUUCCAGCCAUUGGAACAGUUGAGAUCCCUAAUCACUGGGAUGAGAUGAAAGACCAGAACCUUCUUUUGGUGGAUUUACCUCCAGGACAUCAAGAAUACAACCAAGUAAAAGACAAGUUUUCUCAGACUUGUGCUGACUUCAUAAUAGAGAAGAUUCAGAGGAUACAGAACAGAAGCCUUUGGAAUUCCUAUAACAUAAAGAAAAUAUUCAUGGAUGACCAAAACAAACACACAAAUAAUGAAAAAUUCCUCUUCCAUGGGACAGAUGUUGACUCAGUGUCCCAUAUCAAUAGCCAAGGCUUUAAUCGCAGUUAUGCUGGGAAAAAUGGUAAGUAA